AUUGACAGCCGCGUUGUGAGAAAAUUUUAGUAAUUUUUUCGGAAGCUGUAUUUAUACCUACAACAAUGUCCGAUUAUCGCUCUCAGUCAAGAGGUGGCGGCCGUGGCCAAGAAUACUCCAAUGAUGAUGAUCCGCCGAUGUCCCGUUUGUUUAUUAUAUGCAAUAAGGCCCAUACCGAGGAAGACUUCCGUGAGGCGUUCUCUCCAUUUGGUGAAAUUGAAGAUAUUUGGGUAGUCAAGGACAAACACACACAAGAAAACAAGGGAAUUGCAUAUGUAAAGUUUUCGCGCACAUCUGACGCCGCAAAGGCUCAGGAAAUGAUGAAUGGCAAAACAAUCGGCAAGACCGACAGAACACUAAAAGUGCUGGUUGCUGCAAACCGCAACCAAGGUUCAAACAAGUCAGAAAAUGAACAGGAAAAAUACUUGCGUCUUUUUAUUGUUAUACCGAAGACCGCAACUGAGGAGGACAUACGUGACGAAUUCGCUCAAUGGGGUGAGGUGGAGAGCGUGACCAUAGUCAAGGAGAAGAACAAUGGCAACCCCAAAGGCUUUGGCUAUGUACGAUUUACAAAGUUCUACUACGCAGCAAUCGCGUUUGAAAAUUGCUCGGCCAAAUACAAGGCAGUUUUUGCGGAGCCAAAAGGUUCCACUCGCACUCAACGAGAUCAAUAUGGUCGGACUGCUGACGAUAAUGCGAUGUUUGGUCCCGGGCGUGGUGGAAACUAUAAUGGCAGUGGAAGUUCUGCCGGUGGUUUUAACAACGAUUGGAACACUUCUGUAAACAACGAUAUGUCUGCCUUUCUCCGAAUGCAAAAUGUGCCGGUCCCACAGCCAACUUGUCUGGAGGUGACUGCCAGCAACUGUGUGAAUCAGGAUCAGCUCUGGAGGUUGUUCGAUAUAAUUCCAGGCCUUGAUUAUUGUCAAAUAAUGAGAGAACAUGGUCCUCGCACAAACGAAGCCGUGGUUGUAUAUGACAAUCCCGAAGCUGCUAUUUAUGCCAAGGAUAAGCUUCAUGGCCUAGAAUAUCCCAUGGGUGAACGAAUUAUUGUGAAAGUUUCUGGCAUGAGCUCCUCUCGUAUGGAUACUUCGUUUAUCGACAAGCGUACAAAGAAAGAUUCCAUCUGUAACGUCCCCUUACCACCAGCACAGCCUCUGGCAUCCCCGGAUGCACCAGUCGCUCAAAGACUCUUUAUUGUGCUCACAGCAAAUUUGCCACAUUCCAUUCUGAAGAAUAUUUUCUCCUGCUGGAAAGGACUUAUCGAUGUAUAUCUGCUUCCCAACAAGAACUGUGGCUACGUAAAGUACUCCGAGUCAGAUAGUGCACAGAAGGCCAUCCACGUUUUAAACGGUGCAGAGAUCUGUGGGACUAAAAUAAAGGUUAUGGAAGCUGAGGAGCGUAGCGGAUCAGACGGCGAUGACGGUGGCAGAAAGCGGUUGCGUCGCAACUAAGUGUAAGUACCCAAAUAACAAACAUUUAAUGCAAUUGUUUAAUAUAGCCUUAGUUGGAAUGAGUGAGCCCAGGUCCUAGGUAAGUGGUUAUGAAUUGACUAAAAACAACAAAAUGAACAGGCAACAUCUACUCCGUUCGUUAACCAGCAGAAACCACAGAUUUGUACAACACCUACAUGCAUAUGUAUAUUACAUUCCAAAAUACAUAUGUAUGUAUAUGCAUGGAAGAGAUGACGAUGCUGCCGCUAAGUCAAACCAUUUUUAUCUUUCUAUUUUCACAGACACUGACAACAUUGUACUUAACAGAGAACGUACUGUACAUGUACGAGUAGUUUACAAAACUAACUUCAGAAACAGUUCAAAUAUAAACCAACUGACCAACCGCCCAAACACUACGGAAUCAACCAGAACCUGAACACCACAUUGAGUGAAACGGACACGGGAACGGAAACAAUGAUUAACAGCAACAGUACAAUUGACUUGUCCAAGAGUAUUCUAUUGUCAUAGCACAUAGAAAUAGACCAGACCUAACCUAAACGGAUCCAACAAAACCGGAAUGCUUGAAAACCACUAACAGGACAAUGCGGACACACAAUACAAAAAUCGUGUUUACCAAUAACAAAGAAACAUACGAACUCUUGUGUACUAUUUACUAACGUAUUACGACAAAGAUAAUUACAUACAUAUUUAACAAAGAUGAUUGUAGUAUACAUACAUACAUUUGUCUAUAUUAUAAAUGUGUCUUCAGAUUUGAAAACAUAAAUUUAUUCCAUAGACUUCAAUAUUAUAUAUACAUAUAUAAAGUAACUUUGC